GAUUGCAGAAACUCUCAGGGUUAUGUCGAGUGGGACACCAUUUGGACGACAGACGCCCCGUGGCGAAGUCCAACGAAAGGGGAUGAGCACGUGUAUGACGUCAUCGCCGAAGACCAAGGUCCGGCAUCACAAAAAACUCCGAGUUCCCCGACGAAUGGGUCAGAUAUUAAAGACUCGACUACAGAUGGCGUCGAUACUCCGCCAGCGCUUCCAGAAAGAACUUACAUUCAUCGCAUUAAAAACAUUAACACUAACAGUGCAUCUGCAUCGCACAAUGAAAAUGUUUGUGUGAGGGGCGCUUCUACACAGCCCUCGUCGAGACACAACCACUCAGGACAUCCUGCGCACAAAUGCGUCUGUAUAAAACAUCAUCAUCAUCACCACCACCACAGCGGUAAGCACCAUAAAUCCUUUACGCCACGUUCAACAAAUCCACCCCCGACCCCAAUGCCGUUCUCAGGUCAACAGCCCAAACACACGGGUGACGUUCACUCACCGAAGGCAGCCGGCAGUGCCCAGGUGUGGCCUUCGCCCGGAGAUCCUUCACAGAACUACGCGGAAGUCAACAAACUCAGGGGGUACACGUUCUCCAACCUCAUGCUCGCCACCGACGCGCCAGCGCCUCAUCACCCGGAUAAAACCGCCGUCGCUUCCGAGAACUAUUGGCAUCUCGCUCCCAUGACGUCACCGGAAAGCGUCACGUCCUGGCAGACGGGCGACGUCCUGGAUUACAUCGACGGUCUCCACGACUCCAUGUCUCCCAAGAGACGGGAGAACAUCUACAUCCUGUUGAACAAUAAGAAAACUCGGGCCAAGUUCUCGGAGUCUUUAGAGAUUGAAUCGAGGCUCUUAAGCAGAGGUCUCAUCUCGAACUCUUGUGAGGGUCCCAGCGAUAAAGCUUCCGAUGUGCUCCCAACGGUAAAAAGCGGUACUGUAAAACCCGUGGUCAUCAGGAGAAAAGGCGCCAUUGCGCCCGUGUCGUCCACAUACGUAUGACUGGACAUUGCCCUUUUGCUCUUAUGGUAAAAUAACAAUGUUUUUGCUGUUAUGGUAAAAUAACAAUGUUUGGUCGUUUGUUGACUGUGUGAUGAGGUUGAGUGUGGCCUGGUUGCUAUGAGACAAACGUAUUAUUUAUAUUAUUACUACUAAACGUUUUUGUGUGGUUGCAUGUGGCGCCGUGGCCGAGAGAUAAACCAAUUAGUUAACUACCAGUGGCGAGUGUUGUGUUAUGCGGUUUUACUUGGUAUGGUUGCUAAGAGAUAAACCUAUCAGUGUUACUACCGGCACUAAAUGUUGUGUGAUGGUGAUGUCGGUUUAUGUGGCACGGUUUCUAAUAGAUAAACCGAGUGGCACUUCUCAGAAUGGCGGUCCCAAAUUAAACAUUGAAUACUUUUCAUUAGAAAGGGUCCGGUUAUGAGCAAUGUUCCCUUUAAGCUGCGCGGCUGCGAGGCCGCGCAGCUAUCUCACAGACGCUCGCAGCAGUUUUGAGUACCUCGCAGCAAAUUUCCAUGUAAGUGUGUUUUUGUGGGAUGAAAACUUGUGCACACAAAAAAAUUGAUGCUGUAAAACUUUGCACACAACUGUAUGAUCUUGCACACGAACCAACAAACCUUAGAGGGAACAUUGGUUAGGAGCCUGAUAGCCGCUGAUCUUUGGUGACAUAAGUUUUUUUUUUACUUCAAAUUUUGCGGAAUGAUUAUUGCUAGUAAUAAUAUAAAAUCAACAAGACCACGUUUUCAAAUAAUAUUUUGCCAGGAAACAUUCUAAAAGCACAACGUCGAAGGCAUUGCAUGGUUUCUCUAGUCACGGGCUUUUGUGACAAUUCAACUGUACAGCAGAUAGAGUCUAAUUUUUUUUAUUGCAUUUUUCUUUAUUUUUCUUUUUCUUCUUCUUUAAAUAAAUGAAGAUCACGAUCUUCAUUAAAAAAAAAUACAUAUAGGGCAUUAGAUACUAUCUGAUAUUGUCCCCAAUUAUCGGCGGCUAUUAGGCUGCCAACCGGACACUCUCUAGCGAAUAUUAUCCUAUUUUUAAUUUGGGACCUCCGUUCUGAGGAGUUCCGAUAAACUUAUAAGUGGUACUACUAAAUGGUGUGUUUUUCACUGUGUAUUUAUAUUGCUAUGCUCAAUCUCAUAUCCUUUUUUUGGUUGUUUUUUUAAAUAUUUUUAAAUAUUUUUUUUUUUAUAUAAUGAACCUAUCUAAAGGAUCUGGGAACAAAAGUCAGUGUUAGGUGAGGCCCAUGACAUAAAUAUUUCAUUGAUCAUUGCUGCAUUGAUGAAAUUGCAUCUUACUCAGCUGUUCAUUUCUGUAUGACUUGAUGGAUAAUGAUAAGUGUUGGGGAAAAAACAACGUUCAGAGGUAUUCCACAGUUCCCCAGAAGGGUCGUGAAUUCCCCAACUCUAGGGACAUUUCCCGAGGUUUAGUAGCACUGCCUCCUCAUAUGACGUGUUUUGUUUCUGAAAUUCUGAAGGUAAUUUGUAUGCAAGAGCCCCACUAAACUCAUCUAAAUACUACACACUGAAACGAGCAGCUUCCCGUUUAGUUUGUGAUCAUAACAUUUUUGUUUUAAAAUUGUAAUUGAAUUAUUUAGACUGUCAUAAUGAAGGGAACACAAAAAAUAAUCAUAUCAUGUCCUAUACAUUUCUAGUUGGCAUUAAAUUUGAUAACAAAAUUUCUACGUGUUGGAACUUGG